UCAAAUUACUCUUCAUAAAUGUCAAAACUAAAUUCGGUGAACAAGUUGUAAUAAAUAUUAAAAAUCCAAAAAAAUCGUUAAUGUCCAUAACAAUGUGAAACUUAGUAAGGUACCUAACUACUAUGAUAAGUGUCAGAGGGUUAAUAUUGGUGAUGUUGAGAAGCGCGUUCAUUGUCGCCUUUCUCAGCAUUCCGAACCCUAUUGUGGCUUUCACCGGACUAAAAAACUGGUCCCGCAAAGCGAUAUACCACAAGAUAGACCUCUGCACUCAAGCUUGUUAUAGCCAGGUCAUCCCUGGUCUCUACUUAAGCAAUGCAAGAGCCGCGGCGGACAAAAAUGUACUUAGACGCCUUAACAUCACCCAUGUGCUCACCAUUGAGGCUCACCGGCUGCCGAAAUCAACUUUCGCUGAUACCAAUAUCAGCACCCUCUUCAUUAGGGCCUACGACACUCCUCAAACCCAUCUCCUGCCCUACUUCCCUAUGGCCAACGCUUUCAUCGAUGAAGGACUCCAAAAAGGAAACGUUCUCGUCCACUGCCACUUCGGAGUAUCCAGAUCCGCCACACUGGUCAUCGCGUAUAUUAUGGAAAAAUACAAGCUGACGUUUGAGCAAGCUUUUGUGUACGUGCGGCAGCGGCGAAGGUUCAUCAACCCGAACCCCGGCUUCAUCAACCAGCUGCGGGAGUACCAGCGCCUGAAUUACGACGUAAAUGGAUUCUACCGGUUCGAGGCGUAUAUGAAUGUGAAUGCUCGGAAGCACAAGUACAAAAUAGCUUCGUUGGCCGCCGUCGUGGUCGGUAUCCUCGUCCCUCUCGCUGUCCUAGUGGGCUGAUACUCGCGGUCAGUUCACACACCUCAUGAGUGCCAGUGGACAUCAAGGAGUUGAAAACAGCUGAGUCUCUCACAAUAUUAUUUCCUUUUCAGAACGCCUAACACUCUAAAAUUACUGAGGCUUAUCGCAUAUACAUGGUUGUUACUUUGAAUUAAAUGAUGACAUAUACCGCUGGUACGGACGAAUUUACAUAUUAUUUAAUUGUGAAGGCAACUGAGUUCCUCCUGUGACGACUGUUGAAAUUUGAAAUCAUCCUCGGAGAACAGUCUUCAGCGCAGGGCGACCAUUUAAAUACAGCCACAUGUCAUAUGUCGUAUCGAUAUAAAGCGCAGAAAAUUUUGUAAAAUGGAUAAUUCUUUCAGCGGCGCGAACAAGUUUCGAGAUAUUUUCGUUUCCAUCUGUUACUAAACAUGAUAACCAUAAAUUAUAGAAAUCACGCGGCCGACGUCGCCUCACGCGUACGAAGGAAGUGCAUUAUUAAUUUUAUAAUUUAUCAAUUGACUGUGAAAUUGUAUAUACUAUAUUAUAAUAAAUGAUGAAUCCCGAAUUCUAAUCGCCUUGGUAAAU